AUGUUGCAAAAUCCAAGGAAUGAGGCGGAUGGGCUGUUUGCUAAUGUGGAGGCUUGGGAUGUGGUGAAAAGUAGAUGGGUUUGGGAGAAAGUUAGAGAUAGAUGGGAGAAGGUUCUGUGGGAAGAUCUUCUCUGGUUUCCUUUGCAUAUCCCAAAAAUGUCAAUUAUUUCUUGGAUGGUCAUUUUAAAUAGGCUGCCUACUAAAGACAGGCUUAUUCGAUUGGGGUUGGAGUCGGAUGGGAGUUGUGGUCUUUGUGAAGAUGGGUUGGAAAACAAAGAAAAUUUGUUCAAUGAAUGUGUUUUUGCUGGUGGAGUCUGGAGCAGAGUUAUGUUGGCCUGUAGGUUGCCUUGUAGGUCAAUGUGCUGGAAUGAAGCUUUGGCUUGGACAAUUGCUAACUUCAAAGGGAAGUCUUUGCUUGUUUGUAUCUUGAAGUUGGUUUGGAAUUGCUUUCUGUAUUUUGUUUGGGAAGAGCGUAAUCUUAGACGUUUUAGGGGAUGCUCUCGUUUAGUUGACGAGAUCUUUGAAUGA